AUGGCUGACAAAUCCGACAUCCACCUCUACACGACGGGCACGCCCAACGGCAUCAAGGCGUCCAUCAUGCUCGAGGAGCUGGGCCUGCCGUACGAGGUGACGGCGAUCCAGCUGGGCAAGAACACGCAGAAGGAGGACUGGUUCCUCGAGAUCAACCCCAACGGGCGCAUCCCGGCCAUGACCGACACGCUCAACGGCAAGAAGAUCCGCCUGUUUGAGAGCGGCUCGAUCCUGCAGUACCUCGUCGACCGGUACGACAAGGACCACAAGUUCUCGUACCCCGCGGGCACCGAGGAGUACUAUGAGACCAACAACUGGCUCCACUGGCAGAUGGGCGGUCUUGGCCCCAUGCAGGGACAGGCGAACCACUUUACGAGAUACGCCCCUGAGAAGAUCGAGUACGGCAUCAACAGGUACCAGAACGAGACCAGGCGCCUCUACCGCACCCUCGACACACACCUGGCCAAGUCCAAGUCCGGCUUCAUUGUCGGAGACCGCCUGACUAUUGCCGACGUCGCCUGCUGGGGCUGGGUUGCUGCAGCUAGCUGGGCUGGCAUCAACAUCGACGAGUUCCCGAGCCUCAAGAACUGGCUGUACAAGUUGAAGGAGCGCCCUGGCUUCGAGAAGGGCCGCAACGUCCCGACGAGGCACACUGCUUUUGACAAGCUGACCAAGGAAGAGAUUGAGAAGAGGGAGCAAGAGUCUCGCGCCUGGGUGCAGUCUGGCAUGCAGGCUGAUGCCAAGAAUCUGUCCAAGAUGGCUUGGCGAAACCAAGGGAUCACCGGAUCCAACAACAUUCCCCUGGGCAAGACGCGCCGCUUUGGUGGCGACGCCGAACCUGCAGAGGACCGCGACAGCCAGCCGAAUGGCUUUUCCAACGGCGAUCGCGAGUUGAAGCGCGGUCGCAGCCCCGAACCCCGAACCGAGAACGAUGGCCCUCGCCGCCGCAAGAAGCGCAACCGUUGGGGUGAUGCGUCUGAGAACAAGGCCGCCGGCCUCAUGGGUCUGCCCACUGCCAUUGUCGCCAACAUGACCAGCGAACAGCUUGAGGCCUACACCCUGCAUCUUCGCAUCGAGGAGAUCAGCCAGAAGCUGAAGAUCGAUGACGUUGUUCCCGCCGAUGGCGACCGAUCUCCCUCACCCGCGCCCCAGUACGACAAUCAUGGUCGACGUGUCAACACGAGGGAGUACAGAUACCGAAAGCGCCUCGAGGACGAACGCCACAAGCUCAUCGAGAAGGCGAUGAAAAUCAUUCCUAACUACCACCCACCUCAGGACUACAGACGGCCCACCAAGACCCAGGAGAAGGUCUACGUGCCGGUUAAUGACUACCCGGAGAUUAACUUCAUUGGAUUACUUAUCGGUCCCCGUGGUAACACCCUGAAGAAGAUGGAGUCGGAGUCGGGCGCCAAGAUUGCCAUUCGUGGCAAAGGCUCCGUCAAGGAGGGUAAAGGACGCUCAGAUGCCGCUCAUUCCAGCAACCAGGAGGAGGACUUGCACUGCCUUAUCAUGGCAGACACCGAGGAGAAGGUGAACAAGGCCAAGAAGCUCAUCCACAACGUUAUUGAGACUGCCGCUUCCAUCCCCGAAGGCCAGAACGAGCUGAAGCGCAACCAGCUUCGUGAGCUCGCUGCCCUCAACGGUACUCUUCGUGACGACGAGAACCAGGCUUGCCAGAACUGUGGUCAGAUCGGUCACCGCAAAUACGACUGCCCCGAGCGCCAGAACUACACUGCCAACAUCAUCUGCCGUGUCUGUGGUAACGCUGGUCAUAUGGCCCGUGAUUGCCCUGACCGGCAGAGAGGUGCAAGCUGGCGCAACGAUGGACCGGGUGGCCGACCUCCUGCAGGCCGCAUUGGUGGCGGCGGUGAUGCCGUUGACCGCGAGUACGAGCAACUCAUGCAAGAGAUCGGCGGCGGUUCUGGUGGCCCGCCUGCCCGUAUCGAAGCCGGACCUGGUUCGUACAACAACGGCGGUGGCGAGGCGAAGCCUUGGCAACGUGGUCCCACCGGCGGCCCUGCCCCCUGGCGUCGCGGCCCUGAUCGCGACGGUGAGGGCGGUGGUGGCGGAUCUGGCGGCCCUGCUCCUUGGGCUCGUGACCGCAACAACCGCAACAACGACGACCGACGCGAUGACUACUACGGCGGCGGUCAGAACAACUAUGGCGGAGCCGCCGCUCCUAGCGGUGCUGCUCCUCCUUGGCAACAGAGUGCUCCCGGUGCUCAGCCUGGCGGCUACCCUGGCUAUCCGGGCUACGGUGGAUACGGCGCACCUCCCGGCAUGGGUGCUCCCCCUGGCCUUCCCGGAGCGCCUGGUGCUGCUGGCCUCGGCGCCCCUCCAGGCAUUCCUGGCAACCUCAAUGCGCUCAUUGCUCAGUACUCUGGUGGUGCUGCCGGCGCUCCUCCGCCGCCGCCUCCUCCCCCCUCCGGCGACGCGCCCCCGCCUCCACCCAGCGACCAACCCCCACCGCCUCCUCCUCCCGGAGCUUGA